AUCUGCUGGAGGAGGCGGUGAGGGCAUCAGAGCAUCAGUCGGAGGUUCAGUCUGUGCGGAGUGUGAGUGAGUGUGUGUGUGUGUGAGGGGCUUUAAUGGUGCGGAGUGGUGAAUCGCGGGCUUUAAUCAGGGGGAUUUGGUCAUGCAGCUGCUCCAGAUUGAGAGGACUGAUUUAUUACAGCAGGCCGGCGCCGCUGUGCUGUUCUGUGCUGCAGCAGCAUGUCUCGGUGCGGUUUUGAGAGAAGAGUUGAGGAUGGAGGGAAAGUGAGGGAGAUCCUGUGAGGAACGAGAAUCUGCUCCAAAUCUCUAUCCAGAAAAGCCUCAAGACGGACGGGGAACGGGAGGAGAGACGGAGAGCCCGGGGGAACAUGAGGGAGCGGGACUUCAUGCCAAACAUGGAGCGAGGUAAACCCGCGACAUACACGGGGGACAAAAAGGCGAAAAUGGCCGCUAAGACCAACAAAAAAUGGGUGAGACUGGCGACAGUUUUCGCGUACGUUCUCUCCGUGUCUCUGGCUGCUAUCAUCCUGGCCAUCUACUACAGCUUGAUAUGGAAGCCAACCAGUGCAUCUCCGACGUCUAGACGGCCAUAUAUUGCAGCCGUGGUCUCUACCACCCCGAUGAGCUCCAGUCCUACCAAUAGCACAGAUCAUGUCUUUGACAAUGGCAUGAUGACAGAUGUUUCACCUACAGAGCCUGGAGCAACAGUGGCUUCCUCACAUCAAGCAUCAGAUUCUGCUGAAGAUGCAGACUCCCAUGAGAUGGCCAGCCAAGAGGAAGCCCCCCAUGGAGACUUUGCCCUCAGACAAGCAAACAUAGACCCCACUGAGCAGUACAUCACAGAACAGUACACCACAGAGGCAAGUCCAUCAUCUGCACCUGAAGAGGAGGACGCAGGAGUUAUAGACCUGCCCGCCACACAGGGGGACACUGACUUUGUUCCGCAGGACAGGUAUGAUGGUUCUGGAGCUGACCCCGCAGCAGAGAACCAGCCAGUGGAACUGACCCGUACUCACAAGCCCCCCAGCUGGGACCCUGAGUCUCCCAGCGAGAGCUCACUGCAGUGGUCCACUGGUCCAGCCACCUGGAGGACCUUCCUGGAAAGACCAGACGAGUCCACUUUCACACAUGUCGAGCUGGAGCUGGCCGAGGGUUCUUCUCCACUUCAAGAUGAGGUGGUUCCUAAGGAAACAAAGGGCUCCAGUGUCUUGUUUACCCCAGGGCACACAUGAUCAAUCACUGUGAAGUGCAGUGACCACCAAAGGAGAGCAAGUGGAGUGGGAGUUAGUAAGGAAUUGCUUUGAUUUGACCACAUUUUUCUAUCAGGACAAAAGCAAAUGCAGUUGUCCUGACCUUGAAAAAGCUUGGUCAUUGUUUUACUUUGAUGAAUUUUGUAUCAGGCAUCCUUUGUGAUAGCUCUCACACACUCUCUCACAUGCGAUUUGGGCGAGAAAUUCACUCAGACGAGAGACAGACGAUGGGACUGGUGAAGGAAUAUGAGCCAUUGAUUUCAGACAAGCUGAAGCUGGACAGUGAUGCUCUACGGUAGCAUAUAUGUGAUCCUAUUUCUAAAAGGAACAAUCUAAGGUAGAAAUACAUAGCAUAUUAGUUUUGCUCAGGUGAACAUCUACCAUACUGUGUGAAAGUCUUUAACACUCUACUGAAGGGCUGCUUUCAAAAGACUACACGAUACCUGCAUAUGCUUUUAAUAACAACUGACAUAAACCUCUAAAAAUAAACAAUGAGUUCUUCUAGGAAUAAGUGUCAGCUGUUAUAAAGUCUGCAUUCGUACAGUUGUUUCUUUUCAGCAAGUGUUUUUACACACAUUCUCAUUAGUUCUUACUUUUUUUUCUUGGAUAUUAAUAUUAAAGACAUAAAAAGUGUUUGACCUCUACAAUCCCCUGACCUAAAACCAACUGAGAUGAUUUGAGGUGAUUUUGGAUGAGCAAAAACUAUUGUUCAGCUCCUCCAGGUACUCCUUUAAGAUGCUGAGAAAACUAUUCCAGGUGACUCUACCUCAUGAGGACACAAAUGUGUCAUCAAAGCAAAAUAUGGUACUUAAAAUAAUCCAAAGUAUAAAACAUAUUUUGUUUGUUAACACGUUUUAGCUCUCUUUAAUGUCUUAUUAACAAAAAACAAUAAUAAUAAAAUAAAGCAAAUAAAUUGAAUGAGAAGAUUAAUGUCCAGAAUUUUGACUGGAACUGUAUAUAAAUGUCUACAAAGGUUCAUGUCAGUUGUUAUGAAAGGCUAAUGUAGGUGUUGCGGAGCUUUAUUAUUAGUGCAGCCCUUUAAUAAAGUGUUACCCAAAAAUAACUAAUAGGAAUAUUAGAAUAAACACAAAUAAGUAGGGGUGUAAUGGUAGAUUUAAAAAUGAUUAUCUAUUUAUUUCUGUAUCUUAAAUUAUUGCUUAACAGUGAUCAGCAUCAGGCAGAUUUAGAUUUGACCAGUAUUUCACAUCGAAAUUUGAUGGUGUAUUUAUUGUACCCCUACGAACAUACAAUAAACAGUACACUGUGAACUGA